UGUUGUUGUGGCACACUGUGGACUUUUGGACUUGCGUCACCGCGAGCGUGAAGCCUUGGCGGUGCCUCGGGGCGGCUUUCUCCUCUUUUCGUCCCGAACUAUUCAACAUCCGAGCCCGCGAUGGACUUUUUCGCACCGGCGGAUAAUCCCGCGUGAAGCGCGUGAAGUGGAGUCCACCAACACGCGAUGAUCCUGUUUCGUAGAUUCCGAGUGUUGCUCCUCACGGCGUUCCUGGUGGCGUGCACGGUGCACAUUCUGGUCGACCUGCUGCCCGGACUGGACCGGAGAACGUCGGCGGCGGAAGGCGGCGACGGCGGCGGCGGCUGCCGGUGCGCGGCGGCCGAAGCGGACAAGCGACCGCUGCGAAUCCUGCGGGAUUUCAGCAGCGAGCCCGACUCCAACCGCACGAGCGCCCCGCGGUCCCGGGAGAAGGGCGCGGGGACCCAGUCGCCCCGGAGGAGGACGCCCGGCGGCGAGCCGGACGAGCGCGAGGCCAGCGGGGGUCGCGCGACCGCCGGAGCCGGAGCCGGAGCCGCUCCCGGCGCAUCCCGACUCGCGGCUCUCUUUCGGCAUCCUUUGUAUCAGCUUGCACUUCCGCCCCUGACCGAACGGGACGCUUUGUUCGACGUCAACGCCGAAAUCACCUUCCAACCCGAAGCAAGUGAGCAGCGCAGAUGGCGCGGCGAAGACGGCGACGGGCGGCAGCCGGAGAAGGCGGCCGAGUCCUACCCCAACUGGCUGCGUUUCCACACCGGCAUCAACCGCUACCAGCUGUACGCCAGAAGCGACCCGGCGCUGGGCGGCCUGCUCCGGGACCUGCUGACGCAGAAGAUCACCAGCGUGGCCAUGAAAUCGGGCGGCACCCAGCUGAAGCUGAUCGUGACCUUCCAGAACUUGGGACAAGCUCUGUUCAAACCCAUGAAGCAGAGCCGCGAGCAGGAAACGCCGCCGGACUUCUUCUACUUCUCCGACUUCGAGAGGCACAACGCCGAGAUCGCGGCCUUCCACUUGGACCGGGUCCUGGACUUCCGGAGGGUUCCCCCGGUGGCCGGACGGCUGGUUAACGUGACGCGCGAGAUCAGAGACGCGACGCGGGAUCAAAAGCUACGGAGGACUUUCUUCACCUCGCCAGCCGACAACGUGUGCUUCUACGGCGAAUGUUCGUACUACUGCUCCACGGAACACGCGCUGUGCGGCAAACCGGACCAGAUGGAAGGCUCGCUGGCCGCCUUCCUGCCCGACCUCAACCUGGCCAAACGCAAGACGUGGAGGAACCCCUGGCGGCGAUCUUACCACAAACGCAAGAAGGCCGAGUGGGAGGUGGACCCGGGUUACUGCGACGAGGUGAAGCGGACGCCGCCGUACGACCGCGGCGCUCGACUGCUGGACGUCAUGGACAUGAGCAUCUUCGACUUCCUGACGGGUAACAUGGAUCGCCACCAUUACGAAACCUUUGAGAAGUUCGGCAACGACACCUUCAUCAUUCACCUGGACAACGGAAGAGGGUUUGGGAAGCACUCGCACGACGAGAUGUCCAUCCUGGUCCCGCUCACGCAGUGCUGCAGGGUGAGGAAGUCCACCUUCCUCCGUCUCCAGCUGCUGGCCAAGGAAGACUACCGGCUGAGCGCCGUGAUGGAGGAGUCGCUGCUGGGAGACCGGCUGUCGCCCGUCCUCAUCCGGCCUCACCUGGGGGCCCUGGACCGCCGGCUGGGCCUGGUUCUGCGGGCGCUGGCCGACUGCGUGGCCGAGCGGGGCUACGGCGACGUGGUGGCGGAAGAUGCGGACGGCGGGCCGGCCCCGCGCGGCCAGUGAGGGCCCCCGGCCCUCACUGGCCGCUUUUCCCGGACUCUCUGCCGGACUCGCGGCCGGCGUCUCGUCUCUUUGGCUUCCGUCUCCUUGUGAAUCUUGCUAUCUGUGGGUGGCGCGCGACCGGUGAAAGAAACCGACGCCCCUGAGCAAGCUGUGCAAUAUCUUGUGAUGCCACAGGAGGGCGGCAAAGCCCUCUUUUAUUAGACAAGGCCAAGGCCCGAUUCCCUUUUUUUCCCCACACGCAAGACGGCCUGAUCGUCGGGUAUCUUUGAGACAUUUUUGCCUUCUCCCUCGCUCACAUUCACUCGCUCCUGUUUUUUUUUUUUGCUUGUUUGGUCACUUUAACGCGCCGGUCGAGUGCCUUGCGACGAGAAUUCGGCGUUGGGCCGCGUCGAAUUUUUGAGAAGGCGUUACUGCGUGCUCGCCUUGCGCAACUUGCGUCUUUGUGAAAGAAACAAAGGCAGGAGCGAGCCGUGAGAGGCCCAAACGGACGUCCCUCAGCCAGCGGACAUUUUUUUUUUUUUUUAAAUCCAGAGACGCAUUAUAAAUACAGCUAAGUUCAAUAUCCGUUGAAAUGUUCACGGACGUUAUGGGAAGGGUUUACGUGCGUGAACCCACGCCGGAUGUUGAACCGUGGGCAUUUUCUCUCGCCCUGGUGGGCGUGUUGUUGUCGUGCUUGAUUCCAGCAAUAGGGGGCGCCAACAUGGAGGGUAAGAGCUUGCCGUUACAAAUCAAAGUAUCCGAAAUAUUUGAUGUUCCACCAGAUAUACAACGUUGUAAACUUUGUGUGCUGCUGUAAUUUUGACUUGCCUUAUUCCAGUUAUGUAUAUUCAUAAUCCCUGCAGGGUUGCUUUCCAGUAAAGGCAAAUUCCGACUCAAGCAACAAAAAUACUACAACGAUAAACACGGGAAAGCAGUAUGCAAUACAAGUGGCCAUGAUGUCGACGUAUUUGCACUUCAACUCCGAUUGUUCCCUUUUGUGUUCAAGGAUUUCAUGAAAUUGU